AUGCCCGCUAUUGGGCUCGGUGUCUACUUAAACGAUGAAUGCGCGGAAGCUUGCAGGGUUGCCCUUCAAAAUGGUUACCGAAUGAUUGAUAGUGCACGGUACUACAAGAAUGAAGUUCAAGUUGGUGUUGGGGUAGGGAAAAGUGGUGUUAAGCGCGAAGACGUUUUUAUCACUUCGAAGGUCUACCAUCCGGAUUACACCUACGAUGGCACGGCGGCUGCUUUGAAAGAAUCGAUCGCGAACCUUGGAUCUUCGUAUUAUGAUUUAUACCUGACCCACAGCGCUCUUGGAGGUAAGGACGCACGUCUUGCCGCAUACAGAGCUCUUUUGGACGGUAAGGCGAGCGGGAUGAUCAAAUCUAUCGGCGUCUCCAAUUAUUCGGCAAAGCACAUAGAAGAGAUUCGUGAGGCUGGUCUAGAAAUUCCCGUCUUACAUCCAUUCUGCCAGCAAAAACCCAUCGUCGAAUAUUGUAGGAAGAACGGCAUCGUUGUCCAGGCCUACUCCCCUCUUGUGUGUGGUGCUCUCGACAACCCCGUCAUCCAGGAGCUCUCUACAAAGUACUUCAAGGAUCCUGCUCAAAUUCUUGUCAGGUGGUCUUUGCAACGAGGAUUUGUGCCUUUGCCCAAAUCCUCGCAGCCCGAGCGUAUCAUAUCCAACGGCCAAGUAUUUGGUUGGGAAAUCGAACCUACGGACAUGGCAAAGCUUGACGCGUUGGACCGCGGGAAGGAGGGCGCAGUUACCUGGAAUCCAGUCGACGUCGAUUAA